AUGGCGCCGCACCGCGACAUUGAGCUCAACACGCUCAACAACCUCAAGGUCAAGGAAGACUCCUUCACCCACGGCAGCUCGCAUAGCAUGCGCGAGCCCGACUACGAGCGGCGCGCGACGCCCCGCAUCCAGCGCUUCAUCGACAGCUUCAAGCGCGACGCCGACUCGACCUUUUUCCCCAGCGACCACCUCAGCCAGGUCAACAGCGUCUCGACCGCCCCCAAUCCUCGCGGCGCCCACUACUACGACCUGCAUCUCGCCGCCGUCGAGUCGGUCAACACGGGGCUCGCCAGGAAGCUCAAGGGCAGGCACCUGCAGAUGAUUGCGAUAGGAGGCUCCAUAGGCACCGGCUUGUUCGUCGCGUCGGGCAAGUCGUUGAGCGCCGGCGGGCCUGCCUCGUUGCUCAUAUCCUUUACCAUUGUCGGCGUCAUGCUGUACUGCACCUGUCAGGCCCUCGGCGAGCUGUCCGUCAUCUUUCCCAUCGCAGGCUCCUUUUCCUCGUGGGCCACUCGAUUCCUCGAUCCCUCCUGGGGGUUCGCCAUGGGCUGGAACUACGCCUUGCAGUGGCUCACGGUGCUGCCGCUCGAAAUCAUCGCCGCCUCCAUGACGAUUCGCUACUGGAACGAAGAGCUCCCCAGCGCCAUCUUUGUGGCCAUUUUCCUCAGCGCAAUCAUGCUCAUCAACCUGUUUGGAGUCAAGGGAUACGGCGAGGCCGAGUUCACCUUUUCCAUUGUCAAGGUCAUUGCCGUCAUCGGAUUCAUCCUCCUCGGCAUCGUCCUCAACUGCGGCGGAACCCCCGACCGAGGAUACAUCGGGGGCGAGUACUGGCAGAACCCCGGCGCCUUCAACAACGGCUUCAAGGGCCUCUGCAGCGUCUUCGUGACGGCCGCCUUUGCCUUCUCCGGGACCGAACUCGUGGGCCUGGCCGCGGCCGAGACGGCCAACCCGCGCAAGUCGCUGCCGACGGCCAUCAAGCAGGUGUUUUGGAGGAUAACGCUCUUCUACAUUGUCGCCCUGACGCUCGUCGGCCUGCUGGUGCGCUACGACGACCCGCGGUUGCAGGACUACGACAGCAACGCCGACGCAAAGGCCUCGCCCUUUGUCAUUGCCAUUGACGCGGCGGGCAUCGAGGUCCUGCCGUCCAUCAUGAACGCCGUCAUCCUCGUCGCCGUCUUGUCCGUCGGCAACUCGGCCGUCUUCGGCUCGUCGCGCACCCUCGCCGCCAUGGCCAAGCUCAGCCAGGCGCCGCGCUUCCUGGGCUACGUGGACCGCCGCGGCCGCCCCCUCGUGGCCAUUGGCCUGGCCGGCGCCUUCGGCCUCCUCGCCUUCCUCGCCGACCUGUCGCAGCGCCCCGUGCUCGACUGGCUGUUGGCCAUCUCGGGCCUCUCGACCGUCUUCACCUGGGCCUCCAUCUGCCUGUGCCACAUCCGCUUCCGCCGCGCCUGGGCCCUGCGCGGCCGCAGCCUCGACGACAUACCCUUUGUCUCGCAGGUCGGCGUGCUCGGCUCCUGGAUUGGCCUGGUGCUCAACGUGUGCAUCCUCGUCGCCCAGUUCUGGGUCGGCGCCUUCCCCAUCAGGUGGGAGACGAUGGCCCGCAACGAGGUGGUGAAAAACUUCUUCCUCAAGUGCGUCGGCGUCCCCAUCAUCUUCCUCUUCUACCUCGUGCACAAGCUCUUCUACCGCACCGCCUACAUCCGCCUCCGCGACAUGGACGUCGACACGGGCCGCCGCGACUUCAACCUGCCCAUCCUCAAGGCCCAGGAGCACGGCGAGCGCGCCGCCUGGCCCCGGUGGAAGCGCUUCUACAAGUUUAUCUGCUAG